AUGAGGCGAAACGUUAGUAAGAAGCAUGUGCUCACUACUGAGGAAGACUUCUACGUCGAUGCGACUUCUAAAGAAGAACAAGCUGAAAGGUGGGCUCUUUCAGAUAUCAAAAAAACUAUAGGACAAUAUAUGGCGGCAGUCAACGCAUAUGAACAAGGCUUACAUGCACCCGAUCGUACGGAAAUCGGGAGCUAUCACAUAUAUUACAAUCAGACGCGGCUACUCCUUAAGUUGCACACGGACUUCAUUGCGUGCGAUGGCAUCAACAUAUUACAAUAUGUGAAUAUUAGGGACUUGGGCGAUGUUAGCCCUCUUUUUUUGCCCUUAGACAGUAUAAUAGAUCGGUUUGAGUUUGCUAUUACUAAGUUUGGUGAUUUGUGCUCAUGGGAUCUGUUCUUCAAUCUACUGACUUGUUAUUUAAGCAUCUUGGAAGAGAGUCAGGAAGAAUUGACUGGAGAGGUUCUGCUAAAGAUCUUCGAGAGGUUUGUUGAGCUGGCUCAAAACUUGAUACAAUUACACCUUCGAGAGCUUGAAACUUGGGACGUGUCCUUUGAGAAUAAAGACGAUGAUUUCCAAUCCAUGGAUCUAUCACAACAAUCUUUCGACUCAACAACAGGAAAAGGAAUUAAGGAAGUCCACGACACGUCUACAGCGGAAUACGUUGAAAUGCAAGAUGAAAUCACUCACCUUACACUUGUGGAAACACUCUCCGUAUGUUUUCGAUUUGUGAGUACAUUAAUGGAAAUACUUGGCGAAGCAGCUCAUGGCAAAAGAGCGACAAUCAACCCGAUUCAAUCAAACUACCUCGGAGAUGCUGCUUUGCAGUUUACAUCCCAAUUGAAGUUAUUUGCUAGCGAGAUUGAUCGAUCAAAGGUUGGCAACGAGAUUAUGGAACUUGACCUUGCCAUGAGUUUGGUUCAAGGUCUUGAAAUAGCUAUUUCCGCAGACUAUGAUAGCCUCCAAAGAUUUAUUGAGGAAUCUGGCGAAAAUUUAGACAAGCUUAUGAUUUGCAUUGACAUUUUACGGCUAUGCUUGACAAAUCAAAAUUCGACCUUUUCUCAAAAGUGGUCUUUUUGUUCCGAGAUUGGGCGCCUUUUGAGUCGCGUUGAGUCACAACUUGUUCAGAAAAGGUUAGACAUCAUGUCAGGGCACCUUAAAGGCUUAGAAAAUGAACUGAGCCCUACUGUUUUCAAAUUGUGCGAUGUUAUGAUUACAAGGUCUGAUAAUGAGCUCUUAAGGUGGACCAUGAAAGAAUCGGAAUCCGGCAGCUCUUCAAAUCAAAAUGCAUCCAAAACGUCUGAAAUACUUCUAAAAAAUGCAGGGGUACUGCUCAAGAACGCUACCGCUAUUGCACAAAAGCCAUGCGGCUUUAGAGAGUACGUCAGUGACAAACUCAAAAGGAAUUAUAUCUACAAGCAGGCAGCUGAGAGGUUAGAAUUCAUCAACACCGGGAAAAUCACUGGCGUGAUAGAAGAUCUCGUUUCCGAGCAUCCUUUUUUUGCGAAGCGAUGA